AUGAUAGGCCCCGAUCCCAUAAGAGCUCUUAUAGGCACCGUCAUGGUUGCCUCAAAAGAUGCGGUGGGGGUGAUGGUGGCUCUGGGCUUUUCACAAGAGGCACGGAAAGUUGCAGGGGAGGCACCGUGCACAAUCCUCCUCUGCACGCAAGACAACCUUGUCGAGCGUAUCCGUGCCCAUAGAGGCCCAGACCACCAAGCAGUUUCGGACAGGCAACUGCUCUUGAUGACUCUUGUGCCAGACUUCUCCAUGCACAGUCCUAGGUUGGAAGAUCUACUUCCCAUGCAGAAGGAUUUGACUACAUUUAAAAGCCUACGAGGAUACGGUAUGCACUUCUCUCUUCCAAAGAUGUCUUUAAUCUCAUCCCGUUCUACGAAAGUCACAAUAUUUGCUCCAACCAACCUCGCUUUCUUAAUUACAAAUUUGCAGUCAAAAGCUCGGAAGAAGACCGAAAUUCAGCCCGUCGACGAUGCGAUGAGGCGAUUAAAGAUUUCAAACAAGCCCGAUAAAGAUGACGUGGAAUUCUAA